AUGGAUAACCAAUAUACAUUUUUAUUUGGUCAGUUGGUAGCGAUCUAUUCGAUCGUUGUAUUUGCAUCGGAAUUUUUCAACUGUCAUGAAUUUUGUGAAAAAUCUGAAUUUCCUAAUAAUGAAAAAGUAAUUUUCCAAACUGAGACAUAUAAAUAUUCUCAUUAUUAUAAGUAUUCCCAGUUAAUUCGCUUUAAUCAGUCCUCUCCAAUUGUUAGUGGAAAUUUUGAGAAACCGGCUAUUGAGGAGAAAAUAGAUUUGAGAUUCCCCUUUACAUUUUACGGUGCUAAUGUUAGCACAAUCAUUGUAGAAUCUGAAGGUAAAAUUAAUUUACAAGGACAAUGGGAUUUGGCACUAAUUCACAAUUAUAUCUUCGGCAAUGUUCUAUGUGAAAAUGAGAUUUUGAAUGAGAAUGUUAACGGUUAAUUAGUUGGCCGAAAGCUUACGAACCCAACAUUUCAGAAGUAUAAUAUUUUACUCAGUGGAUUGGAUUGAAACGUUCAUCAUAUCGGUGAAAUAAUAAUGAGGAUCAUUGAGACUCUCAUUUCGUUGAAUUGGUUAACUUAAAUCUUGAAAGGAACAUCAUAACUUGUGUUCAAACACACUAUGUGUUUAUUGAAAGAGAUUCCUAGAGGACUUAAGAAGGACGAUGUUCUAUCGAGCUCUGCUUAUUAUAUCGAUUGUGGGAAAGGAGAACAUGACUACAGAUACAAAUGAAGACAAUCAGAAAAGAAAACCACAGCAAUAUGUGUACAUCGUUGUACCAUUAGUUAUAUCUUUGCUUAUUGUGGGCAUCGGCUGUGGCAUUUGGCUAUGGUUCAAUAGAAGGAACAGAGUUUAUCCAUAGUCCCCACAAACAGAUUCCCAAACGUUUUCAUUAAGUCGACUUUGUUCUUGUCAAUUUGUAGUUUAGUAAACACACUUUCUAUUUUGUUAAUCAUUUCAAUGAAUUGAAGAUUGUUUCAUGGAACUGCAUAUCAAAUUGAUGAUUGUUUACGUAAUGACUGAUGUCACUUUGUUUGGUAGAAUAUAAAAUAUAAUUUUUUGUAUUUA